AUGGCGACAGAUGUUAAUGUUCAGCGACGAAUAACAAAUGUUCAACUCGACGUUCAUCCUGUGGAGCGUGCCUUAAUAAUCAGUUAUGAACUCGACUGCGUCAUCAGUGAUCAGGAUGAUGUAGCCAGCGAUACGGCAUUCCUCCAACGGAAAGUGAGGAUUAAAAAUUUAGCCGCGGACAGUGACAUCGUAACGCUCGCGGAAGAAAUAUGCGAAAAAAAUUCUCAACUCGUAUCAAAAGCGCAAAACCUCCGAGAGGUCGAACAACUGCUGAAUUACCUCCGCAAGCGACGGGAAAAGAGCGGCAUCUCGAACCUCCGGGAAGAAGAAGUGCAGCGAAUAAGCAUGGUUCAACUCGACAAAUAUAUUGAAGAUCUUUACGAAGACGAGUCGAAGGUUCAAGCAUCCUCAAUGAUAUUGUUCCUGGCUCAAAACACAGAGAACCUUGAGGUUCUCACGAAGCACGAGGUGCUCCUAGGAGCCUUGACGAGAACACUCCGAGAGGAAGGCCAUCGCAACUACUCCUUAGCGAGUAAUAUUCUGAAUUUCUUCCAAUGCCUUUCGAGAUUCGUGACCUUUGCCGGUGUGAUAUCCGAUCACAAGGUCGGAUCUCUCACCAUGGAGCUGCUCCAGGGUGAGAUGCACAAAACUCAGCAAGUACUCGAUGAGCUAGAAGAGUCACAGCUUAGUAACGACAUCGAGGCUUUCGAAAACCUCACCAAAAGCUACACGGCCGUUCUGCGAAAACAGGAUACGAUGCUGACGGCCGCAUUCAGUCUACUCCUGAACAUGACGAGUGAUCCGAAAAACGAGAUGAGAAUCGUGAAUAAAGGAAUUGUUCCCUUGCUAACUUCUUGCCUGGACCGAAAAAGCCGACCACUUCUUCUCGUUGUCCUGACGUUCCUGGUGAAGUUGAGUGCGUACAAGGAGAACAUAGAGGAUAUCGCACAGACCGCCGCUCUGGACAAAAUAUGUCAGAUCAUUCCCUCGGAGGAAACGGAAAUCGCGACCAUGACUCUAAAGCUCAUCCAUAACUUGAGCUUCAACGCUGACACCCGCUGUAGACUUGUGAGCUGCGGCGUUUUGCCGAAGCUUGUAUCGCAUCUCGCGGCGACUAAUAGGCCCUCGAUGAGGUCACAGGUCCUGAAAAUUCUGAUACUCAUAGCAGAAGACAGUCGUUUCCUCUCGCACUUCGCAUACACGGACGCCGCUCAUGUGGUUUUAGGACUGAUCCUGGAGACCGAGGGACCAUGCUCAUCGGAGUUGACCCUCAUCGCCCAGUCGCUGGCUUCAAGUUUGUCCUGCGCACAAAUAAUAUGCGAGAGAAACGGGCUGAAAUUCCUCAUCAAACGUGCCCUGAAAUACAGCGAUGUGGGAUUGCUGCGAGUUGUGCGAAAUAUUUCAAUGCAUGAUGGACCUAGCAAACAGCUAUUCUUGGAACACGUCGAGAAAAUCGCCGAUCGAUUGGAGCAGCAAAACCGUCUGAGUACCCCUACGAACAAUGAGGUUGCCACCGAGUGCAUGAGAAUUUUGGCGAAUCUGGACCAAGUGGAAUUCCUACAGGUACUGAACAACGUCACGAAAAGUGGAAUCCUGAUUUGGAUGAAUGAUCAGCUACAGGCGGUUUCUUCUCAACUGGAGCGAUGCACGACGGAAGAGGAGUUCGUUCUGGAUCUCCUUCUCGUCUGCGCGACAUUCGCGGAGAACGAUCCUGAAAUUGCACUCGACUUCAUAGGCAAAGAAUUACACGGACAUUUGUUGAGUAUCCUCAACGCAUGCCAGGAGAACGAUACCAUGGUCGUUCAUGUGCUAUGGGUGUUCUACUGCAUCCUUCGGCACAAAAGCUCGCGAGAAGCGGCUUUGGCGAAGACCCCUGUCGCCGGUUAUUUCCUGGACCUUCUCAACGACGCCAAUAAAGGAGUCCAGCUGAUGUGUGACGCCGCGCUCGAUCUCUUGGCGGAACACGGACAGGAUUGGGCUUCGCAAGUACGAUUGGCGAAGUUCGGUCACUUCAACGCCCAAUGGAUGGACAUGGUCGAGCAUGCGGAAGCCAGUUUCAAAGCGACCCGAGAAGCACCGGAUACAACGAAUCUUUACGAAGGGAUGAAUUUGACGCUCGACGAAAGCUAG